CAUUACAUAAGAAGUGUCCAAAGAGAAUGUUGUUAUUUCUGCUAAAGUACUAGACUUCGCGCGUUACUUAUAAAUCGAUAUUACAAAUAACGCAUUAGCAAUCAGCUGUUACAGUCGAUACGCUGUUGAUACUCAGCAUCGAUAUGUCGCAUUCCUCGGAAUCAGUGUUCUCUAAAUACUAUAAUUUUUUCAAUCCGAAUAUUUGUCACGUUUGUAAGAUGCCACAGCAAAUUAAUGAGAUUUUCAUAACCUGUGGUCAGUGCCGCAUGAUUUCUUACUGCAGCAUGGAUCACAAAUUAAAGAACAACGAGUGUCACAUGCAGAUUUGUACAGCUUUACGAAACAUUUCAAAAAGUCACCAACAAUUUUGGUACACAUGUGGAAUAGCGUUGAAGGAAUGGAUUCAGACGAGAAAACUACUUAAAUAUUUGGUCCAAAUGGAAUUGCAACGUGAUCUACAACCAUAUGAAGAGCAAAUGAUUACAUUAGCAAAAUCGUGCAUUAUUUGUUAUCGACAGGAUAAUCUUCUUCAGUGCCAAAAAUGUCAUUCCAUUAACUAUUGUAAUAAUCAUAAAGAGCUAUUGGGAAACCGUCAUAGUUCUAAUUGCGAUAAGUUGAAAUUAUGCCUCUGGACAAAUACGUUCAUGACUUUGCAUCCAAUAAUUAUAGACAGAUUCAUAGAGUUUCCCAAUGACGCUCAACCUGCUAAUAACAUGGAUGCAUUUAUUGAUAAAUUUGUAUUUUCAAAACACUGGAAAGAUAAAAGUUACACUGUCUGGUACAAUUUGUGUCUUUAUUAUUCUGAUUAUGCAUCGGGACCGUUGACCUUAUAUUAUGGGAUACGGAAAUUACAUGGAUUAGAUUGUUUUCAUAAACUAGAUUCGCAUUUUGUUAUUCAUAUAAUAGACCCAAAAUUGAUUGAUAUAGAAUACUUACCAGCUUGGGAACUUCUUGUUCAUCUUUUACCUAACGUAAAAGAAUUGAAAAUUAUCUUGAUAGGGUCAAUAUUGUCUAACAAAAGUGAAAGUCUCACGCUUUGUACUAUAAGAUGCUUUCGACAAAAUCUUAACAUCGAAACUCAUCGUAUGUUAUAUCACAAUUAUGUAGACAGCGAAUGUUAUAAGCGACCAGAUGUAAUCAUAGGAUUUCAAGUAGAUUUUACUGAUUGGGAGACAUUACCGCAAAUAAUUUUAAAAAUAAAACAUCAACAAUGUCCGUUACUUUUAACUGCCAAAUCACAACAUAAAGCUCAACAAAAUCUAGAGAAAAUCAGCAGUAUUCUACAGCCUGUAUGUAAUGUCCUAUAUCUUUUAUACCACGGAGAAAAUAAUUUUAAAUCCAAAAGACCAUAUGUAGAUUUCGAAGACGGUGAUGCAUCUUAUCGUAAUGAUUAUUUAAAUGUUUUUAGGAGAUUGUAAUGGUAUUAAAUAAUAGGACAUUUUUGUUAUCUUCAAAAAGUUUUGAAAUUUCCGUAUACGUCUGUAAUAUCAUAUCGAUAACACCAUUGUAAAUAAAAAUACUAUGAAUAGAUAA